GCGCACGCGCACGGGAGCGAUGGCGUAUCCCGGAGCCGGCGGGCCCGGACCCGCUGGGGGCGGCUAUUAUCAGGCCGGGUAUGGAGGUGCUCCAGGAGGGCCAGCUUUUCCAGGGCAGGCCCCAGACCCACUCUACGGUUAUUUUGCCACAGUCGCCGGCCAGGACGGGCAAAUAGAUGCUGAUGAGUUGCAAAGAUGUCUUACCCAGUCGGGUAUCGCCGGAGGAUAUAAACCUUUCAACUUGGAGACUUGCAGACUCAUGAUUUCAAUGCUAGAUAGGGAUAUGUCUGGCACAAUGGGCUUUAAUGAAUUUAAAGAACUUUGGGCCGUAUUGAAUGGUUGGAGACAGCACUUCAUGAGCUUUGACAGCGACAGAAGCGGAACAGUGGAACCUCAGGAGUUACAGAAAGCUCUGAUAACUAUGGGAUUUCGAUUGAGUCCCCAGGCAGUGAAUGCCAUUGCAAAACGUUUCAGCACCCAUGGAAAGAUUACUUUUGAUGAUUACAUUGCCUGCUGUGUCAAACUCAGAGCUCUCACUGAUAGCUUUCGAAGAAGGGAUUCAGCUCAGCAAGGUGUGGUGAAUUUCCCCUAUGAUGAUUUCAUACAGUGUGUAAUGAGCGUCUGAAUCAGGAGGAAGAAGGAAAUAAGCACUCCCAGCAUUCCAUUUUGUGAUUUGCUCUGCUUUUAGCCAAUACGGUCACGUAUGUCAAUGUGCGGCUGUUUUAAUCCUAAUCCAUUCCUUAAAGCCUGUUCCCUUCCUUGGCAGAAGAAAUUUGGUUUGGGUUUGGAACAUGAAUACUGAAAUUUGAUCUGAUCAUUAAAAUCCCUUUAUUACUAAUAAAUGCCGUAUCUUUGAGACUGA